AUGUCUUCUCCCAACAUCGAAGCUAACUCUAAUACCCAAACAGGUGAACACCUUGUUUCUAAAUCCGCGAACAAGAACAGCCAGGAUUCAUCAUCAUCUACAAGCUCGAUAAUGGAAGAUGAAAAAAUGUCGAACUCGAAUGCAGAUUCGACCGAUAGCAACGAUGAACCGAUUGACCCAAAAGAUCUAGACUGGGAUGGGCUUGAUGACCCGGAUAACCCACACAACUGGCCCUCUUGGAAGAAAUGGUAUGCUACGAUGUCUUCCGCCCUUCUUUGUUUGGUGGUUACGAUGGGUAGUUCUCUUUACGUCUCCUCCGUACCAGAAUUGGUAGCUAGGUACCAUGUUAGCCAGACCUUGGCCCUUUCUGGGUUAACUUUCUACCUUUUGGGUCUAGCGACGGUUAUUGGCGCUCCAUUGAGUGAAGUAUUCGGUCGUAAACCCGUCUAUUUGUUCUCCUUGCCCGCAUCGAUGCUCUUCACUAUGGGUGUUGGUUUGUCCAAUGGUCACAUGAGAAUCAUUUUACCCUUAAGAUUUCUAUCCGGUGUCUUUGCCUCCCCUGCUUUGUCCGUUGGUUCAGGUACCAUCUUGGAUAUCUUUGAUGUCGAUCAGGUCUCUGUUGCCAUGACAUAUUUUGUCCUAUCUCCAUUUUUGGGGCCCGUUUUAUCACCAAUCAUGGCUGGGUUCGCUACUGAAGCCAAGGGGUGGCGUUGGUCUGAAUGGAUCCAAUUGAUAGCUGGUGGAUUGGUUCUACCAUUCAUUGCUACCAUGCCAGAAACCCAUAAAGGGAUUAUCUUGAAAAAGCGUGCCAAGAAGAGAAAUAUGGUCUUGAAAAAAUUCACCAGAGAGGACCAAAAGGCGUUCAUCAAAACCACCGUCACCACCACAAUUCUAAGACCAUUGAAAAUGCUUGUAGUCGAGCCAAUUGUUUUUGUUUUCAGCAUUUACGUCGCUUUCAUUUUUGCCAUUUUAUUUGGAUUUUUCGAAGCAUAUGCUGUCAUCUACCGUGGUGUUUACCACAUGGGUGCUGGUGUAUCUGGGUUACCAUUCAUCGGCAUUGGUGUCGGUUUAUGGGUGGGUGCUUUCUUCUAUCUAUAUACCGAUAGGAAAUACCUUUUCCCCAAACCACCUGCAGGCACACCACCUCUAAGUGAAAAUCAAAGAACUUCCAAGAGAACUGAACCAUUCAGAGGCGCAAGAAACCCUGAUACCAAUGAACUGUUACCAAUUGUUCCUGAAAAGUUUUUGAUUGCUUGUAAAUUUGGUUCUGUAGCAUUGCCCAUCGGUCUAUUUUGGCAAGCAUGGACGGCCAGACCAGAUGUUCACUGGAUGGCCCCAGUGGCUGCCGGUGUGCCAUUUGGCUUUGGUUUGAUUUUGAUUUUUUUCAGUGUUUUGAUGUAUUUCUCUACAUGUUAUCCACCCUUAACCGUUGCUUCCUGUUUGGCCGCUAACAAUCUAUUAAGGUAUGUCAUGAGUAGUGUCUUCCCACUUUUCACCAUCCAAAUGUAUACGAAAAUGAAAAUCAAGUGGGCAAGCACAUUAUUUGCUCUACUUUGUGUUGUGAUGAUCCCAAUCCCAUGGGUUUUCGAAAAAUGGGGGAGUAAGCUAAGACACAAGUCGCAAUUCGGUUAUGCAGCCAUGCAAAAGGAGGCUGAAGCCGAAGGUGACGUUGAUGACUUUAAUACUGCCAAUGGUGAAAUGAACUUGACAAGAAUGGCAACUUUAAGAACUAUGGAAACAGACCCUUCGACCGGGGGAGCUGCAGGUGAAAGGUUAGCAUUACACAGAACUCAUACACAGACAAACCAAUCCUCAUUCAAACACGAGGGCACACAACGCCAACAAAAGCCAAACGAGCCCAUCUCCAAUAGUCUAUUCUCAGCUGUUAAGGAUACCGAAGAUGGCUAUUCAUAUACAGAAAUGACAACUGAUGCCUCUGCAAGAAUUGUCUAG